CCGGGAUAUGGCGACCGCCGGCGCCGGGGUCUGGAGCUGAGCUGCCGCAGCCAAUCGGCCCGAGCCAACGGCUAACGUUCCGCCGCUGCCGCCGCCGCCGCGCGUGCGUGCGUGGUGCCUACGUCGUGCGGGCCGCGAGCCUGCGAGGCCGGGCUGGGCCGGGCCGGGCCGCCGCGGAAGAGCCGGGAGGAGCCAGGGAGCCCGCGACCGAGCGGAGCGAGGCAGUGCCGGGCACAUGGCGUCCAUCUUACUGAGGAGCUGCUGUGGACGCGGGGCUGUCCGCCUCACCCGGCCCCACGCCGUCCCCGCCGCCGCUGCUGCCGUCAUCCCGAGGGGUAGUCUGGGAGACCGUGCUUGUCUUAGUUGUACAUCUCUGAAUUUGAUAAACCACACGAAUAUUAAGUUUGGUUGUUGCACUCAUGUCCACCCUGUUUACAUUUCCUUCAAAAGCGAUCACUUAAAUUGUUGGACUAAAAGACCCGAACAAACAUAUAUGGUAAUAACAUCUCCUAAAUCAUGGACGCUUCUUUCCCGUUUGUGCUCUCUGGAACCUCCACGCGUUUCUGUGCGAUGCUUGCAUUCUUCUUGUCCCCUUCGAGAUGACUCAGUAGUGGAAAAGUCCCUGAAGUCUAUUAAGGAUAAAAAUAAGAAGCUUGAAGAAGGUGGACCUGUGUACAGCCCCACUGUAGAGGCGGCUGUGAAGAAAUCACUUGUUCAAAAGGUUGUGGAUGAGUUGAAGCACUAUUAUCAUGGUUUCCGAUUGUUGUGGAUCGAUACAAAGAUUGCUGCCCGAACACUUUGGCGAAUUCUCCAUGGUAGCACCUUAUCUCGGAGGGAGCGGAGACAGUUUCUUCGGAUAUGUGCUGAUCUCUUUCGCCUGGUCCCUUUCCUAGUCUUUAUUGUGGUCCCAUUCAUGGAGUUCCUGCUUCCAAUUGCUGUUAAGCUCUUCCCAAAUAUGUUACCGUCAACAUUUGAGACACAGUCCAUAAAGGAGGAGAGAUUGAAGAAAGAAUUGAGAGUAAAACUUGAAGUGGCUAAAUUUCUUCAAGACACUAUUGAGGAAAUGGCCUUAAAAAACACAGCUGCUAAAGGAAAUGCUACAGAAGACUUCUCAAAAUUUUUUCAAAAGAUACGAGAGACUGGAGAGAGGCCCACCAAUGAGGAGAUCUUGCGCUUCUCCAAACUGUUUGAGGAUGAGCUGACUCUGGACAACCUGACCAGACCACAGCUGGUGGCCCUCUGCAAACUACUGGAGCUGCAGUCUAUUGGGACAAAUAACUUUUUGCGCUUUCAGUUGAUCAUGAGACUGCGGUCAAUGAAAGCAGAUGACAAGCUUAUUGCUGAGGAAGGAGUAGAUACUUUGAAUGUCAAAGAAUUACAAGCUGCUUGUCGGGCACGAGGCAUGAGGGCUUUGGGAGUCACCGAAGAACGUCUCAGGGAACAACUUAAACAGUGGUUAGACCUCCAUCUGAACCAGGAAAUCCCUACUUCAUUACUUCUCCUCUCCAGAGCUAUGUAUCUGCCUGAAACCCUGUCACCAGCUGAUCAGCUCAAAACAACCUUACAGACCCUUCCGGAGAGUGCAGCCAAAGAAGCUAAAGUCAAAGUUGCUGAAGUUGAAGGUGAGAAAGUGGACAAUAAAGCUAAGCUGGAAGCCACUCUGAUGGAAGAAGAAGCCAUUAGACAAGAAAAUAAAGAGAAGGAGGAGCAGGAAAGGUUGACUGAAGCUUCUGAGAAGGCCAGAGAAGUGCUCCAGGAAGAAGCAGCUGGAAAGAAAGAAGCUGAGUUGGGUCCAGAAGUCCUUCAGCAGGAAAGAACAAUCCCUGAAUCUCGAGGUCUGGAGCCAGAGCUCACCAAGGUGCCACUGAAAUCGGAGAUUCUGAUUGACACUGCCCCAGUCUUAGAAGGCCUGAAGGGAGAAGAAAUAACCAAGGAAGAAAUUGACCUGCUUAGCGAUGCUUGCAGUAAACUGAAGGAACAGAAGAAAUCGUUAACCAAAGAGAAGGAGGAGCUCAAGUUGCUGAAAGAUGAUGUUCAGGAAUAUAAAGAGGAUUUGCAAGAGAUCAAAAAAGAGCUUUCCAAGACUGGUCAAGAACAGGUUAUAGAAGAAUCUAAAGCAAGCAAGAGAUUGUCCAAGAGGGUGAACCAGAUGAUUGGACAGAUAGGAAAAAUACUUCAUGAAUUAGAGGAUGAUCAAAAGGCAGUAACGGGGAAAACGGACAGUCGUAAUGUUGUUGCUACUGGAUUGGGUUUCCCCCUUAGGGAAAAUGUCAUCACCAUCGGUGAGCUCAUAAAUGUCAUGAAACAACUUGAGCAAAUUCCGGAGAGAAAAUUGAUGAAGUUGGCUACUGCCCUGGAUGAAAACAAGGAUGGCAAGAUUAAUAUAGAUGAUGUUGCCAAGGUCAUCGAACUGAUUGACAAAGAAGACAUCGACAUCUCCACGGGUCAGGUCACUGAGAUUGUGGCAUUGCUCCACAAAGAAGAGAAGGUGGGAGAGAAAGAGAAGGCAAAGGAAAAGGCUGAGAAAGAAGCUGCGGAAAUAAAAAUUUAAGCCUCAGCCUGCGACGCAACUGGAGAUUUGGAGAGGCAGCUUGUGCGCUGGGCAGCACAUGACAAGUGCCUCCUCCUCAUGCUUGAACCUCUAUGGUGGUGAGAAAUGGUGAUCUUGCUUUGAGGUGAUGCUAGUGGCAAAGCACCUAUUUUUCUGGAAUAAAGCAGACACUUCCAUGAUCAAAUAAGUAAUUUUCUAUCAUUCCAUGAAGAUGAAAGCAAUCUGGACCCUCCUCCCCCUUCUCUUCCUGUGAAAUCAUAUAUUGGUCAACAUCCCUAUGGGGGUCAUGAUUCCAUCAGCUAGCUUAUCUACAGAAUACAAACCAUGCCCACUGAAAAUGUACGUACACACUGUGUGCACUUAGAAUUAGAUGUACCAUAAACUGCCAAGUAAUAAUGAUGGAUUUAAAAGGGGGGAAGGUGAGGCAGAAAGUAUCUGGUCCCAUCUUUCCUACUUUGGCAAAAAAUUUUCAGGUGAUUUUUUUUCCCCUCGUAUUUAAAAUGAUACUUUCCUACAGAUGACUUAGAAUCACUCCUUUGUUUUCCCAGGUGAUAGCUUUCAAACGUUUAAAAACAAAGCUAAAUUCAUUCAAAUUCCCACCCUCCAAAGGGGGGGGCAGUGUUUCACUUAGUUCUUAUUGGGUCGAUUUUGAGGUUUGGGUUUGGUUUUGAAGCUGUUUAAGAUGAGUGGUUGGUUUUUUGGGUUUUUUUUGGCCCUUUCUGUUAACUCUGUUUUGGUUGCUCUAGCAGUCUUUAGAUUGGGCAGGUAUAUUUCUAGGGAUAUAUUCACAUUCAUUUGAAUGAAAACUUGAUUUUUUAAAAGGAGAUUUAAAUAAAUGUAUGAAUGUAUACCCCAGAAAUAAAAUGUAAUUCAAAUCUAUCAGAAUAGACUUCCACCAGUAUAAAACUGUAACUAUUAAGAAAAUUGUUUAUUUUCUUCUUUAUGUAUGAGCAAUAAUGAUAUCAUCUGACCACUUAAAUUUUUUUUUUAUCCUUGCACAUUGUGUGUCAGGGAAUGAUUUCUUUUUCAGAGAUGGGGAAUGGUUUUUCAUCCUAGUGAUAACGUUCUUGACCAGUAAACUGACAGGUAUGUUCUCUUAUACAUCCCUAGCCUUGCAUACCUGUUUUAAAAUUAGUUGUGUCAGUUAUACUUUGGAAAAAAACAAAUGAAGUAGGUUGACAACUAGUGUAUCUGAAUUUACUGUACCAACUCAUUUUAUUUUCUGAAAUGUUUGAUAUUUGAGUAAAUAAUGACUUUUUGGGGGUUUUUGAAUGAGUAGAUUUUCUUAGUUGUCCUCAUUUUCAAAUUUUAGCUUAAUAGACAAGGACACAUUUCAGUAUGCUUUUAGUUGUAUGAUAUUUCUCAUGAACUUGGGAUUGCCUUCUUUAAAACUAUUAUUUUUAAGACCUGUGAUUCAUACUUUAUAUCAGUUACCAUCCAGCAAUCAUUUCCUAUUUCAAGAAUACUUAUGCUAUGUAAAAAAAAAUCUAAGCACUCCCCUUGGAUUGGUGAGUGUUCAAUUUUUAAUCCCAAACUCAGAUAGAUGAUUUCUUGGAUAAAAUUUAAAUUUUUAAAGUAAAUCAUUAGGAGAGCUGAUGGUGCGAAGUUCAGUUUGAUGAUCACCACUUACAUGAUGGACCAUAGUAUUUUCUUAGAAAAAUGUAUACAUAGCAGCAAGUCAGAUGCUUACUUUGCUGCCACUGGUGUGUUGGGUUUUUUUUUGAGGGUUUUUGAAAAAUUAUUUUUAGAAUCAUUUGUCAUUAGUAGUGAAAUGUUAGAUGUAUUGAGAACAACUAAAGGUAUAACUAUUUGUAAAUUUUGUGUAUUUGGCAGAUGAUAAAGAAUUAUAGAAUGUGUUCUUUGAAAUACUUGUACUGUAUUUUGAAACUGGGCAUUUUCAAACUGCUAUUGGUAAGGGUGAGUUAUAGCUCCCUCGAUAAAGUUAGGUGGUCUGGUUGUUUGAUUUGGCUAUAUUUCAUAUAAACUUGCCGUCCAGUACUGAAAGCAAGAGUAGUUUUAAAAAUCUAUAUUAAAACAAAACUUUAGAACAGUAUUUUUUUUGUGUGUGUUAAAAUAAUGAAAGUUGGAAAACUUAUUUUUUCACAUUCAUAUCACCCCCCAACACAGCUUUUAUUUAAUAAUAAUAGUUGUGCCAAAUUCUUAGUCGGCCCAUAAUUAUGGUAUUUGGGUGGUGUAUAUUUUGGGCAAAAAUCUUAACUAUCAACAGUAUGGCUUUCAUAUGUCAUCUAAAUAUAGGAGUAUAGAAGUAUAGGAAUAAAAUAACUCCUGCAGCUAAAUAUAGACAGUGAGGAAAGAGAACUCGAUGAAUAGGCUCUAAAUUGCUUUCAGUGUUUUACUUAGUGGUUAUAUGGCAGCUUAAAAGCAGUUAAUAGGAUUGUACGUUCUACAAGGGACACUUUGGAGAGAGAAUAAUUGCAUUCAGGUUUUCGUUUUUCCUAUCUGAAGUGGAUAGGUUGGAUACUUUAAUAUUUAUGAAUCAUUUUAGAUUAGUUAUUUUAAUUUGAUUUUCAGUGGUAAAAGACCUUAUGAUUGCCAAAUAUAUCAUUAAUCUUAGAGUUUUCAUUUGUGAGAGACAUUUCCUUAUAUGGGGCAUAGAUUAAAAUUAGUGAGUAAAACCCACAGAUAUCAGGAGAGGGGACCCUUGGCUGACCAUCCCUUGGGCAUUGUUUGUGGCUAGAGAAGAAGCAAGCAAAAUGACUAAACUUUAUGGGGCUGUGGCACAGUAGUCCCUGAGGGCACUCACUCAGAAUUCAAGUGACUUUUACAAAAACAGAAUUUAAAGGGAAAUGAGCCUGUUAAUUGCAAAUUGAAUCUAAAUACCCCAUAGUUGAUGAAGUUUGAUUAAGAAAACUCCUAUCUCUGUAAGAGAUAUGUAACUUCAAAACAAGAUGCUACAGUCUUCCUCUUUGCACCCUAAUCUUGAAUACUUUUCUCUAAAUCCUCAUUGGACAGAAGGGGCCAUGAGAGAGAAGCAGGGCGGACUAGGUUCUAUAGAAGGAACCAUAGACUGUAAAGCCUUGAAUGCAUUGACAGUCCUCUAACCAAGUCCCUCAUUUUACAGAUGAAGAAACAAGGCCCAGAAAAGGGGAGGAAGUGAUCUGUCUAAAGCCACAAGCCUGCCAGUAGAGCUGAGACAAGAACCUAAGUCUCAGCUUCCACUGGAGCUACCAGUUAUAAUUCCCUUUUCUUCCUUCCUCCUUCUCUUCCUUCUUUUAUGCCCUCUGGUAUUUUAUGCACUUGACUAUUGGAUUCUCAUUUGCAACUACUUGUGUAUCACUUUGAUAGAGCAUCAGAGAUUUAGGAAGGACUUUGAGUAUCUUAUCCAUAUUUUACCUUGCCCUGUGUCAAGCAUUGCUUCAUUUUUGUAUGGGCACUGGCUAUUGGACUCCAGUUUAUAAAUCUCAUCACUCUAAUACGAGAGGGUCAGUGAUGGACUUGGAACCAGACAAUAGAUUAGAUGACUCUUCAGCCUGCCAUGAGUGCAAUAGCAACAAAUCUUUUUUUUUUCUUCCAGAGUUAAGAUCCUGGGAUUUUUUAUGUAUAAAAAUGUCAGUUUUAGUAAAUUUGUAAUGUUUUGACACCAGGUCUAUUUGGUUAUUUUUAUUUUGUGUGCAUAUAUGUAUUGGGGGAGGGAGGGAACUAUGCUGAAUUUUAUUUAUUGCUGCUUAAAUAAAUCACCAGGUACAAUUCAGAGAUAUGGUGGAUCCAAGAAUUCAAAGUUUUUGUGAUGAGGUAACAAAAGGACUGAGUUAUGAUGUGAACUUUGGGAUUUUAUAACUGUUAAAAAGUAGUUGAGUGUCACGCUUUUUCACUGUCAGAGAAUCUACCAUGUUUCUAGGAGGUUGUGCGAACUUUUCAGGCUUACACAAAGCAGAGAUAGGUCUCUAAAGAGAGCCUGAGUGGGUGUUUUUAAGCAGAUAUAAACUGUCGACCUUUCCUUUUCCCCUCUUAUCCAAUCUAAAUAUCAAUGUUUAUAGGAAUUUUUUUAAUUGGCUUGGUUCCAAGUGGCAUUUUGAACAGUCCAACUCCAGAUGCUGCUUUUGAGAUUUGACAGUUACCUGGCUAUUUUUUGAAAGUAGUCCAGAGGUAGAUGUAAGCAUUUUAGGACAGUUUUUUAAAAAAAGUUAAUAAGCAUAUUUAUAUUAAUGUAUCAACUCAAAAUAACAGGCUUCUGAACUUUAAUCCAGUAAAAGGAAGUAUAUCAAAGUGAUUUAAAAUAUUUGCCUUCAUGUUUCAGAGCGUGUGUGUGUGUGUGUGUGUGUGUGUGUGUGUACACUUCAAAAUGGAAAUAAGUUAUCUUAAGUGCUGGAACAACUAAGUAAAAUGGCCUUGAGGUUUGAGUUUUGGUUUUUUUUGGUUAACUAUCUCAGUAUGAGGGAAUGAGUUAGUUGAAUUAAGGACAUACUUACAGCCUUAACUACAUUUCCGGUGCCUCGCACAGUGCUCUGCAUACAAUAGGCACUCAGUAAGUGUUUGUCAAAUUGAAUUUCUUGGCUGUUGUCAGCAAGACAACAAUUUUUAUUUAAUAUGUAUGAGUGACUUAUUUCUCACAAGCAUGACUAAAGUCAAAGUAACCAGAGCCCUGGACUUUUGAAAUUCCUUCCUCUCUUAAAUGUAAUUUACUUCAGAGUUCAGAGACCUUUGGAUACACCAUUAUCUUACUGGUAGAAAUGCACUGAUAAUGUAAAACAUAAUUUAAGUGAUACAAUGUCAUACAUUUUUACUGUGUAUUUUAAAGAAAUAUCAAUAGUCCAGUUUCUUUGUAUGACUUUCAGAAGAAACAUGCUCGUAUGUUUUCUGGACAAAUUAAAUUUGAUGUAAGGAAAAAAUAUAUAUAAAUAAAGGGAUGUCAAUUACUUUUUUA